CCGGAUUUGAGGCGCCAAAUUCGAGUGCGGAUGGUAAAUUGGGUUGGACUAGAAGAAGCUGGUGUCGAUGGCGGUGGCAUUUUUCGGGAAUUUCUCUCCGAACUUCUUCAAACAGCCCUUGAUCCUUCUCGUGGAUUUUUCGCGGCUACACACGAGCAGCUUCUAUAUCCGAAUCCUUUAGCACCAUCCGCUCAUCCUGACAUUGAUUUACGAAGGAUUAUUGGUGGAUAUACGUUUUGCCGAUUUCUUCCUCUCGCAGUGGAUUGGAAAUCCGGACGAUACAGUUUUGGAUUUGGAAUUGGUGAAAUCAUACGAUCCGUUAUUGCACAAAAACUUGAAACUGCUAAAACGUUGUGCGCCUCAUGA